CUUUUCCUCAUUUUUGACGUCGCGUGUUUGCAGACCUUCAGCCUCCGUGGAGUUUUCUCAUAAGAAUAACUCGUGGCAUUUGAAUUUCUUGUAAUUGUACUCCUAGAUCCUUGUGAAUAAUUUCCUGAGUGUAUUCUAAGUACAUUGAAAAGUGAAGAAUGAGUGCUCAAGUGGAGAAUUCUGCAAAUGUCGAAUCUAAUGCUGAGGAACCUCAGAAGUCAGCAAAGCAGUUAGAGAAAGAGGCUAAAAAAGCGGCUAAAUUGCAAAAAUUGCAACAAAAGUUGGAGAAGAAGAGUACUGCUCCUGUCCAGACUAAAGAAAAGCCUGAGAAAAAAGUAAAGGAAACAAAGGAAGCAGCCGUGUAUGAAGGUAAAACAGCUCCUGGAGAAAAGAAGGACCUUUCGGGGAGCUUUCCGGAUGCCUACAGUCCAAAAUACGUGGAAGCUGCCUGGUACAGCUGGUGGGAGAAAGAAGGUUUCUUUAAGCCAGAAUACGGGCGUUCUCUGGAAGAACCAAAUCCCAAGGGAACAUUCUCCAUUGUGAUUCCACCGCCCAAUGUAACGGGUUCUCUUCACCUGGGUCAUGCCCUCACGAAUGCCAUUGAGGAUGCGAUAACGAGGUGGUAUCGGAUGAAGGGGCGAACAACACUCUGGGUUCCAGGAUGUGACCAUGCCGGAAUUGCGACACAGGUUGUGGUGGAGAAGAAAUUGUGGCGGGAACAGCAACUUACACGACACGAUAUAGGCCGAGAGGCUUUUAUUGAAAAGAUCUGGGCGUGGAGGAAUGAAAAGGGAGACCGAAUAUAUGAUCAACUGAAGAGAUUGGGAUCAUCUCCAGAUUGGAGUCGUGUGGCAUUCACGAUGGAUCCCAAGUUGUGUAAAGCUGUGGUUGAGGCAUUUGUGAGGCUAUACGACAAAGGAUACAUCUACAGAAGCAACCGAUUAGUAAAUUGGUCAUGCACAUUGAGAUCGGCAAUUUCGGACAUUGAAGUGGAUAAAAUUGAACUUCCUGGAAGGACUUUUCUGACAAUUCCUGGCUAUGAGAAACCCGUUGAAUUUGGUGUUCUUGUGUCCUUUGCCUAUAAAGUCGAUGAAGAGGAUGAAGAGAUUGUUGUGGCUACAACGAGAAUUGAAACAAUGUUGGGUGAUACAGCUGUUGCAAUUCAUCCUCAAGAUCCCAGAUACAAAAAGCUCCAUGGGAAAUUUGUAAAGCAUCCCUUUUCCGGAAGGCGUCUCCCAAUUGUUUGUGAUGAAUUUGUGGACAUGAAUUUUGGAACUGGAGCCGUUAAAAUCACUCCAGCUCAUGAUCCUAAUGACUACGAAGUGGGCAAGAGACACAAUCUUCCAUUUAUCACCAUUUUCAACGAUGACGGAAUUAUUGUUGGGGAUUCGUCGUGGGAAUUUACGGGCAUGAAGAGAUUUGUGUGCCGUGUAAAAGUCCUGGAACGUUUGAAGGAGAUGGGAUUGUAUCGUAAUACCGAGAAUCAUCCAAUGGUUGUGCCUAUGUGUAGUCGAUCAAAAGACAUUGUUGAACCCAUGAUCAAGCCACAGUGGUAUGUCAAGUGCGAUGAGAUGGCUGAGAAGGCGAAGGAAGCUGUGAGAUCUGGAGAAUUGAAGAUCAUCCCAGAAUCCCAUACAAAGACAUGGUUCUACUGGAUGGAAGGCAUCAGGGAUUGGUGUAUUUCCAGGCAAUUGUGGUGGGGACAUCGGAUUCCAGCGUAUCGUGUCACGUUUACAAAUCCACCGGAAAAUCUGCCGGAAGAAGAAAUUUGGAUUGUUGGGAGGACAGAAGAAGAAGCCAAACAGCGUGUCCAGGAGAAAUAUAACAUUCCAUUGCAAGAUUUUACAUUAGCCCAGGAUCAGGAUGUUUUAGAUACAUGGUUCAGUUCAGGUCUCUUUCCAUUCUCUGUCUUUGGCUGGCCAGAUAAAACGCUGGAUCUGGAGACUUUUUAUCCAACAUCUCUACUCGAAACUGGACAUGAUAUUUUAUUCUUUUGGGUAGCCCGAAUGGUCUUCUUUGGGCAGAGUCUCCUUGGGAAACUGCCAUUCCGCGAAGUAUUUCUGCAUCCCAUUGUCAGAGAUGCUCAUGGGAGGAAAAUGUCCAAAUCUCUGGGAAAUGUUAUUGAUCCAAUGGAUGUAAUUACGGGUAUUGCACUUGAAGAUCUCCAUAAGCAACUCUAUGACUCCAAUUUAGAUCCCAAGGAGAUUGAAAAGGCGAUAGCUGGUCAAAAGAGAGAUUACCCCAAUGGGAUUCCCGAAUGUGGAACAGAUGCAAUGAGAUUUGCCCUAUGCUCGUACAUGACUCAGGGCAGGGAUAUAAAUUUAGAUAUUCUUCGUGUGCAAGGUUACAGAUUUUUCUGCAAUAAAUUGUGGAAUGCAGCUCGAUUUGCUCUAACCUAUCUCAAUGAGGCAGUCUUUGAACCUAUCCAGAAGUUAACUGGAGAAGAGGGCAACAUGGAUCUGUGGAUUUUGUCCCGACUGGCUACCACUAUUGAUUCCUGCAAUAAUAGUUUUGAAUCAUAUGAAUUUGCAGCUGCAACCAACGCCUGCUACAAUUUCUGGCUCUAUGAACUCUGUGACAUUUAUUUGGAAAGUGUAAAGCCCAUCUUUGCAUCUGGCACAGAGAUGGCCAAGCACAAUGCACAGAAGACACUCUAUACUUGCUUAGAGUACGGCUUGAAACUCAUUUCACCCUUUAUGCCAUUCAUCUCUGAAGAACUGUUUCAGCGUCUGCCACGGGCAGACAGCAAAGUUCCCAGCAUUUGCGUAGCUCCCUAUCCGGAAGUGCAGGAUUCACCAUGGAAGAAUGAGGUGAUUGAAAAGGAAUUUGAGCUUAUGAAUAAGACAGCAAAGAUUAUUAGAAGUGCCAGGAGUGACUAUAAUUUACCUAAUAAAACGAAAACGGAGAUUUUCAUUGUGUGUUCUGACCAAGGGACUCAGGACAUACUCAAAAAAUUCUCAAAUGAUCUCUGUACACUGGCUUACUGCUCUAAAGCUGUUUUUGAAGAGACACCACCAUCAGGCUGUGCUAUACUCACAAUUACAGCCCAAUGUGAGGUUCAUUUGCUCCUCAAGGGACUCAUCGAAGUGGACAAGGAAAUUACGAAACUGGAGAAGAAGAUGGAUCAAUUGAAUGGUACUGUAAGCAAAUUGAAUCAAUUGAUCUCUUCUGCGGAUUAUGAGUCCAAGGUACCGGAGGAAGUGAGAGCUAAUAAUGAAGAAAAGCUGACACAAUCGGAAAUUGAGAUUAAACGAAUUGCAGCUGCAAUUGAGACACUAAAACUCAUGUAAACAACAUGGAAUAUUAGUAAAAUGUCAAGGUUGUACGAUUAAUAUUUUUAUGCGCCAUUUCUCAUCA